UUAUCACUCAAACAUGAAAACAGAAAAGAAGCCUAGCGAACCAAGUUGCGUACCUACCACCGUUGUCAAAGAGGAGCCUGAUACAGAUCCAGUUAAGAUCAAGGAAGAGGGUACUGGGGGUAAUAACGAUGAUACGACCGGAGAAGACACAACGGAAUGUUCUAGAGAUCCUUGUUUGGAUCCUUCGAAUGGUGAGAGUACGAUAGCAGGUGAAAAUCAAAACAAUAGUGCGAAUCAACCAAUUUUAAAUUCAGUGAAACAAGAAGGUGAUCAUAAUAAUGCUACGGAUGAUAUACCUGAUUGUAGUGGCAAUGUGAUCACUGCGGAUGGUAUUCAACCACUGGUUAGUAAUGUUCUUGGAAAACAGAUGGGAACUAGUACAGGAAGUGGUGAAGCUCAAUAUAUGCAACAACAAAGUCAAAUUUUUGUAUUUUCUACGACAUUAGCAAAUAAAGGUGCAGAUGCAGUAUUGCAAGGGCAAUAUCCAUCGAUAAUUGCUUAUCAUUGUGCACAACCAGGCACUAAAAAAUAUUUAGAGAAACAUCCGAAUAAAGUUAAUCAGUUUCGUCAGAAUCCUGCACAAUGGUUGAACAAUCUUGCAAUGAUGAAACAGAAAGGUCAUCAAGGAGCUGCAAAUAAUACUUUUCAAAAUGAACAACCUCCUGACCUACCAGCUCUUGACCCUAAUGCUCCCCCAUUCUGGAAUGAACAACCUAAUUUAAGGAACCUGAAUGGUGGUAAUUCUGAACCAUCACUGGAUGAUGCAAAUAUUGAUGUGCCUUGUCUUGUACCAAAUUCACCUGGAAAUUCAGCCAAUCCACAACCUCCUAAUAGUACUACGAUGGGCCACAGUCCCAAUUUACUAGGAGGUACUACAAGUCCAGGCCCAGGUAGUUUGCAACCAUCGCUGCAAGGUGUUAAAGUUCCAGACGAAAAUUUAACUCCGCAACAAAGACAACAUCGAGAAGUUCAGUUAGAAACUAUCAGAAAAAUGCAAAUGAUGUUGUUUCCUGAACACAAAGAAGAAUCUGCUAAUGCAUUAGAUGCAACGCGAGGAACAGCAGUAUCGUCGUGUCCUCCUACAAAUGUUCCUCCGGUACCAACUCAGUGUCCUCCAACUAUGGAUUGGCAUAAAUUACAACAUCAAUUUCUUGAUGGGAAAAAUAAGGCCAGUGUUGGAAGUCCUGGAACCGGAGUUCCAUUACGUGGUGCUAAUAUGGUAGGAGUUCCACGUAGCCAAGGACCACCGCCUCCAUAUCAUCAAACAACCCGGUCUGCGAGCGUGCCAAUUGCGAUACAAAGUCCAAAUCCUUCCUCACCUAAUAAUCCAACAAGCAACCUAUCGUUACCGUCACCUCGCGCGAGCUCAGCUUUAAAUUCGCCGGCAGAUUGCAAUAGACAGUUUCAACUUAGUAAUCAAAGAACAAGCCAUUUACCAGGACAAAGUCCCACCAGUCAAGAUUCUCCAAAUCCAACUGUUGGGAAUUCAACAGCGGUAUCAACGACGAGGCUUAAUCACAGCAAUCCAGGGACGCCCGUUUCUCAUUCACAUAUUUCAACACUUAGUCCCAGUGGAUCGACUGCUCAAAAAGAUUCAUCUCUAGACUUCCCGACCAGUCAACCUCCAAAUGUGGAUGGUAUGUUUUGCCGCACGCUGCAAUCCUUAGCCCAGCAAAAGCAACAACAUGCUGGAGGAGUGAAUACUGCAGGAGUCAAGGAGGCGAAUCUAAUGCCGGUUCCAAGCCCUCAACAAAUUCAGUAUCUUAAUACUUUCGAAGGACAGGAAUUAACUAUACAGAAGCAACCGAACACAAGUCUAAAGGAUGGAAAUUUAUCUACAAACACGACUAGCAAUACAGAGAUGUCGAACAGGAUUUUGCCGGGAAAUCUAGACAACAGCAAUCAGUUCCCUGCUAGAUCAGAAGGCGCAAGUCCAGUUCAGAUGGAUAGUAUGAAUCGUGGCUUCACAGGUUCUUUACAUAGUCCACACACACCACACACUCCACACACGCCUGGCAACGGUGCUCCGCAUACUCCAGCUGAUCCUGGAAAACCUGGAAACAAAUCCAGUGCAAGUGCACAAAGUAGUCCAGCACACAACACAAACAUAACCGACAGUAUGGGUCCUCCCAGAACAGUACCAGCAUCGCCUACUACGAAACCCGACACAUCUCCGCCUUCGACAAAGGAUAAUUCACAGCAGCCAACACAGUCUCAGCAACAGCAACAGCAGUCACAACAACAACAACAACAACAGCAGCAGCCUCAACAACAAUCACAGCAACAACAAUCCACGGUUGCGAAUCCAAGCAAUUCUGCGAAUACAACAGUGGUACCUCCAUUAGGUGGUCCAACUGCUGCCUUCCCGUGUGGAAGACCGUCUAUAAGCGUGAGUCAACCUUCAGACAAUGUGCCUCUUAAUCCAAACAAUAUCGGAGGGCGACUCGGCAACUUAACAGCUAUGAGUACAAAUCAUUUCGACCCCAUAACUUCCUUGGCGCAAAUGAGUCAGCAACUAACGAAUACGGCAACUAGUAAUUCAUUGGGUAACGAAGGUCCCAUUCAUUCAGGCAACACUGGAAUGAUGCAAUUUGGCAAUCCACACGGUAUGCACAUGAUGCAAAUGGGUAGCGAAAUAAAUGGAAGUUGUCACAUGGGUGGUUCAACCAGUGAACCAGGUGAAGUAGGGGGAAUGUGCAUGGGUCUCGCAGGACCACCAACUAGUUAUAGUCCAACAACUUCGCAUACAGGGAGCCCAGGUGUACCCAGUAAAAUGGGACAUCCCAUAAUGGGCCACGGUAUGAUGAGUAGUCAUUCGGGUAAUACGGGUGGUGCUUACCCGGGUGGCGAUCCCCACGCACCACCACCACGAUUAAUGACGGGGCACGUUACUGGUCCCAGUCCCUACAAUGGAGCUAACGUUCAAGUGAAACCCAGCGCUCCAAACACGAUACAGUACUUGCCAGCAAGGCCCAACGUUGGUCAUACUCCCAGAGGGCCACCUAGUUUGGACUUCCUUCAACGAUUCACAAAUCCAUUAUCUAAUUUAGAGUCGAAGAUGGGUGCACCGUCUGUAAAUCUUCAGUACUUCCCGAACGGUUGUGUACCGAACAGCAUGGGUCCACAUAGUGGCAUGCCAUCAACCAUGAGCGGUGGACUUCCUGGCAUGGGAGGAUCUCCGAGGAUGGAUGGACAAUCAAUGAACACAUCGGUUGGCGUACAUCCUUCCAUGCGACCCGUUGGAAAUAUGAGACCCCAGCCUAAUUUGAUGCGAAUGCAACACAUGGUUGGUGGAGGUGUCUUUCCAGGCGGUUCAAUGGAUCCAGAUAAAGUCUUCCCACCUGACAUGGUGUCCCAAGUUCCCAGUCAGCCUAACCCCGGCAUGUACGUGUCGGGUAGCAAAGGUAGCCCCAUGGGAUUAGGACCUCCUCCCGACGCGACUCAGCCAUUACCGCCAAGUAUGGGUGGUGCUACUAGUAAUUUUAAAAACAGCCCAUUUGUUGGUAGUGGACCUAGUAUGUCGGAUCCAAAUUAUGCUCAACAAUUUCAUAACUUCCAACAACAGCUUUACGCGACUGGUACCAGGGGUAGCGGACCACCACAUCCUAAUUUACAUCCGCCGCCGAACUCGCAUUCACAUCAGCAGUUUUUCAUGCCCAAAUAAAACUUGUCCGAUCGGUAUCGUAAUAACGGUGAUGAUUACAAUUGUGGUGGCCUUUCUGUGUCCUUUUUUUGACAAAUUGCGUUUACCAGAGACAAGAACGAAAAGAUGUUUCAGAGAAAAUGUAAAAACUUUAUAAAUAACGCGAUCAUGUAAAGGACAAAGAAGUCAAAUUUGUUAAGGUUCUAAUGUUGAUGUGAUGAUAAUUAUUGAAAGAUGACCAUUUUAGACGAUGGUUGUCGCGACUGGCGUGUAACGAGAUUCGCUCGUUCAAUUCUUUAUUUACGGUGUUGUUUAUGUAUGUGUUAUAAUCAAUAAGCGUUUUAUUCUUAAAUCUCAUGACAUUGAAGAGAGCCUUUUUAAUGUCUCGCGUCUUCACAAAAUCUGUUCCAUCGUCUUAGAGAUAUCGUUUUUUGUAUCACACUUAUCUCUGUAAAUUGGAAACAUAUUAUGAGAGUCGCGUAAAUCUUACGCGACCGUGUAAAUACUAAUGUAAAAUCUAAUUUCUUUGUAGUAAUCGUUAUUUCGUCGAUCGGAAUAUACGGUGAUCGUUGCUAGAGACUUUCGUGGAUCAGGAAAAAAGAAAAGGUCGAGUUGCGUCUCUUCUUCCUUCAUUUGAACAAUUGCUCGUGAUAAAGUAAUUGUGCGAGAAUUAAUGAAAAAUAUUCGGAGAAACGACAAGAUAUGCCGGUGAAAUAAUUCAUCCUUCCUUCAUCACUAAAUACUUAAACGCAGUCAAGCAAGCUCAAAUUCAUAAUUGUACAUAUAUACGAUAUAUAUAUAUUAUAUAUAUACCUGUUGCAACAUACUCCUUGCAGUAUCGCCCGUCCCUUUAUUCCCUUCACCGAUCCCUCGUGACCAACACUGUGCAUAAUCAUGACCCCACGUAGUUUAACGAUAUAAGAGAAAGAAUAAUUGACUAAGAACAAUUAUGUUGUUGAUGAAUGAUUUUUAUUAUAAAUGAAAAAUAAAGAUAUUUACAAGAA